CGCUGUCGGCCUUGACUCAGGUUCAGUCAGCUUGUCUGCAUUCCUCCUCUCUCCCUUACAGCCCGGCCGAUAGAGACAGAAAGAAAAGAGAGAGGAGGAGGAGGGGGGAAGAAAACACACAUUAUUAUUCACAACCGUAUAGGAUUUUAUGAAGCACGGAAGCCACUCGCACCGGAUACACCAGGCCACGAAACAUAACCGUAACCCCCCCUCCGGUUCAGACGGCCCCUUCAGGACUACAAAUCGGAGAGAAAGACACAAGAUUCCUGGUUUUUUUUUUUUUUGUUUAAUGACGGGACCGUGCGUUUGUGCGUAGCUAUCGAAAAGCAGCUUCGUUGAGACAGCCUACAGCCUUUUUUUCACGGCGGAUAUCUGCGUUAUUUUUCCUCCCCCCUUCUUCUUCUUCUUCUUCUUUUUUUUUUAAAUGAGGAUUUUUUUUGCAAGAUGGCUGAUGACAGCUAGUCCCAACAAGGACAGAAAACCGCGACGUCCCCUUUAAGAACAGGAGGGUAUAUUUUUGUAUUUUUUAUUUAUUUUUUUUAUCAGCUAAAUAUAUAUAUAUUUAAAAAAAAAAAUAUGGCUGCCUGUAAACAGCUAUGAGUGUAGCCAGGAUGAAAGGAGUCUGGUCCGGUGUUUGUGUGUACCUGGUAGAAAAUGGUGAGGUGACGUCUGAGGUAAUUUAGGCGAUUUAAUCGAGAUAAGGAAGUGGGACAAAUAUGCUGUUGGCUAAAGGCUGAGGCAUCGAUAGGCCAAACACGGUUUGAGACCAAAGUACAAAACAAACGGUUCAUCUUUGGGGAGGGGGUGGGGGGGAGAAGAGAGAGAGAGAGAGAGGAAUGGUGGUAAUAAUAAUCAUUGUUCGAGGAGAUAUUUGAUAGAUGUGUCAGGGAGGAGAGGAGAGGAGAGGAGGAGGAGGAGGAGGAGGAGGAGAGGGGGGAAGCAAACGGCUCUGCAACGGCAGCCAACAUUCCUGCGGAUCCUAAAAAAGCCUUUGUUUUGUGCGCAGGAGCUGGACCGGACCAUUAAAACGAUUAACUAUGCAGUAAACAGCCUCGACGUGAUGGCCUGGCUUUAAUUUCCACUGGAGUUAGAUCAUAAGGCCUUCACUGUGAGAGAGAAAACUGGUUAAGUCAGGAGAAAAGAAGGGGGGGGUGUUUAAAAAAAAAAAAAAAAGCAGAGGCCUUGUGUACAUAUGCCACAUUCAUUAAACAGAAAUGUCGUUUUUUUUAUUAUAUAUAUGUGUGAUUAAAGGACAGGAGGCUCUCAUCUGAGCAGCAGGGCUUUUCUCAGCCAUCGGCAGGUUGUGUGUGUCCUGCUCAGACUGCUGCUGGAUGCUUAUUUAUAAUUCAGCGGACAAAAGCAUUGCGCUGCUCGCUGAUUAUCGAGGGGGGGAAUCAGGCGUCCUUGAGGCUCCUACGGGGGAAAACAGUCACAUUUUUUAAAAAGGCGUUUCUCUCUCUCUCUAUGAUUGUGUGUGUGUGUGAGUAGCAGCCAGGGUGUGGACCCGAGCAGCCUUUUCAUGCCGAAUUGGUUUAUAGUCGACCAUAAUCCGUCGUUAGGGCGAAGAGGCCAGCAGAAAAGAUCCAGAUCCAUGUCAUGUGUCACAUGGAGAGGCGUGCGUCCAGGUGAGGGUUAGUGGUUCUCUGUGCCUUGGUCUAACCUGUGGCAAGACGUGUCUGGUUCUGCCUUCCUGCAGGCCCCCCUGUGAGCACACAGCUGAAUCACCCAAGGCAGGUCUGCUGGUCCUAAAGGGUGACUGACUUGUGAGGGCGAGGAGAGCACCGCUUCCUGUAAUCUCGCCGGUGUUGUUGUUUUGCCCCAAAGCCUCCUUUAGCUCGCGUUUUACAGGAAUCUGCCUUCAUGCUGCGUUAAUAAGCAAUACUCGUCGUUUCGUCAGGGAAGCUGUGGGAUUUUUUUUCAGGACUAGUUUCAGGUUUCCCUUGAAAGAGAGAGAGACACACAAACCCUCACACAGGGGUCUAAAGGUCUGAUUUGUAUGCCGGCCUGCACCACGAUGGCCUCUGACAUGGCUGAGACGUGGAGGAACUGUUUCGAGGAGGAGCUCAUCUGCCCCAUCUGCCUGCACGUGUUCUCCGAUCCCAUCCAGCUGCCCUGCAAGCACAACUUCUGCCGGGGCUGCAUCAGCGAGGCCUGGGCCAAGGAGUCCUCGCUGGCCCGCUGCCCCGAGUGCAAUCACGCCUACACGCAGAAGCCCAGCCUGGAGAAGAACCACAAACUGUCCAACAUAGUGGAGAAGUACAACGCCCUGAGCGUGGAGAAGGCCGGCGCGCCGACGCUGCAGUGCAUCCUGUGCCGCCGGGGCCCGCCGCUGCCCGCCGUCAAGGUGUGCCUGCGCUGCAACGCCCCGUGCUGCCAGUCCCACAUCCAGACGCACCUGCAGCAGCCGUGCUCGGCCCUCGGGCACCUGCUGGUGGAGGCCGAGGCGGUGAAGGCCUGGACCUGCCCGCAGCACGACGAAUACAGGCUGUACCACUGCGAGGCCGAGCAGACGGCGGUGUGCCAGUACUGCUGCUUCGCCCGGUGCCACCCGAGCCACGGCCACGCCGUCACCGACGUGGAGCUGCGGCGCAACGACAUCAGACAAAACCUGCUGAGACAGCAGGAGCGCGUGGAGGAGCGGGUGCAGGAGAUCGAAGAGCAGCUCUGCAAACUCGACUCUGACAAGUGUACAGUGGAGGACAGAGUGUGCGAGCUGAAAGAGGAGGUGCGCCUGCAGUACCAGCGCAUGCACCAGCUCCUGGAGGAGGAUCUCGGGCGUACGCUGGAGGCGCUGGACCGAGCUCAGGCGCGCUUCUUCCAGGAGAACGCGGCGCAGGUUCUGGCCCUGGGAGAGCAGCGCCAUGAGGCCCAGAAGCUGCUGAGCUCCAUCCACACGGCCUUCAGCAAGGCGGAGGAGCUGAGCUUCAUGAAGAACACCAAGCCUGUGAAAAUCCUCACCGACAGGUCUCAGGCGUGUGUGGGAAGCAGCCUCCCUCCGUACAAAGUGGGGAAUCUGAACUCUAAGCUGUUUCUUUCUGAGAUCUCAAAAAGAGAGAAGAGCUUGAAGCGAACGCUUGAAGUGCCCCUCACGCCUCCGUCAGCGUUCCUGCAGACCGUCGCUGCUUUCCCCAGCGGUCAGAGCUCCGGAGCGGAGAAACGGAAACAUUCCACCGCCUUCCCGGAGGGAAACGGCAGCGCUGGGAAAAACGGCGCUCCGGGUUUCAAAGACUCCUCCUCGUCCUCCUCUUCCUCUUCGUCGUUAGCCAAGCAGCCCUACCUGGGGUCCGGCUCCGCCUCCGGAGAGGGCCAGUCCACCAAUCAGCAGACUCUGGGCCCCUGCGCCCCGCCGCACAUCGGCGAGAGCGGCGGCGCCGGGAGCGGGAGCGGCUCGCUGGCCAACCACCACUCGGGCUCCGUGUUCAGCUCCUCGCACUUCCCGGCGGGAGGCAGCGGCUCCUCCCACUCCUCCCAGCAGGCCGUGCUGCCGCAGUACGGCAGCCGCAAGAUCCUGGUGUGCACCAUGGACAACUGCUACUGCUCCGGGGUGCCGUCUGUGUCGGGCCACCGCAGCCACGCGUCCUUCCCGCGCUCGGGCUCCUUCCCCUGGGUGAGCCACCAGGACUACCCGCCUCCGCCCGGCCUGGCGUCCGGAGGCCCGUCCAUGCAGGGGCUGGCGGUGAGGGACUGGAUAGACGCCUCGCAGACGCACAGACAUGCAGAUUUCUACGGGCUGUACGGCCAGCCUUCCACCAAGCACUACGUCACCAGUUAACGCCGCAGCUUUGCUCCUGAAAUAGAGAGAGAGACGGGCACCAGAAUAGCACACCCUUACAGAUUUAUACACCUGGGAAAAAAACAAAAACAACAGAAACGAGUUGAACUCCACAUUUGCGUCCGCACACAGAUACGGAACAGACUCAUUCGGGGGGCAGGGUUGAUCCGUUUUAAUGUUGCUUUGAUUUCAUUCGGUGUUUUAAUGUAGAUAACACACAAACUCUGCUCACUUUUCGCACAACUCGGCUCCGCGUCUUACGCAGGAGAAAAAAAAAUAAUGAUAUUGAUGACAAGGGUUCUGAGGACAGGAGGGUUACCUUUUAAUUUAUAGAGUAGGAUGCAAAUUAUGAACAAUGAAAAAUGAACUCUUGCUAGAAGAAGCUUUUCCUGCUUUUUCACAGGUUCUCGCCGAGGCUAAAGGGAAAGGGAGAUAUUACGGCCUCUGGGUUCAGCUCAUGUUUCUCUUGAUGUAAUCACCCCUGAAGUUAUGCUGAGGCCCAGCUGCCUUAUGAUGUUCAUGUAUUUUUCCACAAGCUGACUCUGUUUGAUCCUUUAAAAGCGGAAGGGGAAGACGGCGGUCCCCUCUUCCCCCCCCCCCCCCCCCCCCAACGCGUAACGUUUGAUUUUUUUUCUCAUCUCGGCACUUCUUCCUUUCGUUUGCUGAGUUCAGGGAUGCGUCGCACAGCUUGAACGCAAAAACGCUCUUCCAUGGAACACCCACAAUGCACUUGUGGACGCCUUCCUACGCCGCGACUACGACGGGGACUAUAGAGCCGCCUCACUGGGGGGUAGAGGCAGACCCCAGUUCCUCAAACUCCCUUCUGCCACAGAAGGACAGACAAAUACCUACAAAGACUGUUUUUCCUCCUUUCUUUGUGAUUUACUAUGGCUUUGUGUUAUUUGGUACAUCUGUAGGAAUCAUGUAGAGACAAAAGACUGGACAGACCAAACCAAUCAUGCAUCUGGACCGAUCUGACGAUGCUGUAAUUGUACUUCCUGCAGGGCAAAGAUGUCACUUCCUCUCAAAGAAAAAAAAAAAGCACAUGAGCUCUUGGCUUCCUGUUUGCAGCUGAAAGCAUGCAAGGAAGAAUUUCUUGUUUUCUAAAGCACUCAAAUGGAGAACAAUGGGGAAGGGGGGGGGGCUGUACGCUGUUUUAAAAUGAGUGUAUGAAAGAAACAAACAGUGGGAGGACGUUUUUUCAUCAACUUUCUUUUUUUUUUUUUUUUUUAAAGAACAAAGCUGAGAGAUGUAAGCAACGAGUCGUCGUCCUAUAACGGAGCUGUUACAACACCUAACAUCAUCAGGAGGGGGGAAAAAAGUGUCUUUUUGUAAAUAUUUUGUGAAAUGGGAAGUAAGAAAAAACAAAAAUAAAAAAUAGAAAAGUUGCAGACAUGAUUUGGAGAUGGGUUCCAAAUAAACAAAUAAAUUUAA